AUGAAUGAGAAAAGUCAGAAGAAAGGAACGCCGGCACAAUCCGAGACGUUAUCACUUAUAAAGAAACAAUUCUUUAAAACUAAAAUGUGUCCUUUUCAAAAAAAUAAAAAUUAUUGUCUGAAUGAAUCUGAUUGUCAUUAUGCUCAUAGUAUUGAUGAAUUAAAACCGAUGCCUGAUUUGAGAAAUACAAAAUUAUGUGAUUAUAUAAAAAAAAAGUUACCUUGUAAAGACAUAAACUGUAAAUUUGCUCAUGACACUGAAAUGCUGAAACCAAGUGUACAUUUAGCUACUUAUAAAUCUACAAUAUGUAGUUUUUGGGGAAAAGGAAAAUGCUUUAAUGGAAAUAAAUGUAGAUUUGCUCAUGGAACUAAUGAUAUAAAAGCAAAUGAAAACAUGAAUGUUUUAGAAAAUAAUAAGCAUAAUCAAAAGAAAAAUAAAGACAGUAUAUCUGAUAUAACAAAAGGAACAGACUCAACAUAUUCCUUUAAUACAUAUGAUUAUUCUGUUAAUUGUUCUUUAGAAACUACAAAUGUAUCUUCAUCUUUUGAUAAAAGUAGGGAACUAUUUGCUUUUAAAGAAAAUAAUUUAAAUGAAAAUAAAGUUGGUGGUGAUAAAUUAAACAUGUUUGAUUCAGAUAAAGAGAUUCUUGGGAAUGUUAAUGAAAAUACGGAUAUGAAUAUAUCGAAAAUGGAUUAUCCAUUUUGUGAAAACACAAAUAAUGGUAGCAUAGGUAGUAGUGACAAUAUAAAAAAUGUUAUAAAUAAAAUUGAAAACAUGGCAUUAUCCACAUUUAUAGAAAAUAAUGAUAAAUAUACUAAGGUAAUAAAAUAUUUAAUGAAUGAAAAUAAUAUUUUGAAAGAGUCUAUUAAGAAAGAACAAAAACAUAUAAUGGGUGAAGAAAAUACUACAGCUCAAAUUCAAAAGCAAAUUUAUAAAUCAAACAUUUCUAGAGCCAAUGCAAAAGAUAAUGAAGAUAAUACAACUAUUAUUGGUGGGAAAAGUAGUAACAAUAGUAAUAGUAUAUUUAUUGAGGAUGGUUUAAAAAAAUAUUUAUAUUUUGAUGAGCCUAGUGGUAAUACCCAAUUUUCAAGCGAAAAUAAAGAUGUAAAUAAUGGUGUAUUUAAUUCAGAAGAUUUUAUAAAAUCGAAUGAUAAUUUUACAAAUAUAAUGAAAACAAUAGAUGAUUUAUUAAUAUCUCAAAAUGUUGGUUCAUUUUCAAGUGUAAAAAAUAAUUGUAAUUCUUUAGACCCAAAAGAUAUAUUUUUAAUAAAGAAUAGUAAUAAUGUUAAUACUAGUGUGGAAUGUGAAAAUAUACCAUGUAACUUACGAUUAUUUGAUACAGAAAAAAAUGUAUACCCAAAUUUUAGUGCAUCAAAUAUGAUAGAUAGUAACAAAGGAUUAAUAAGAGCUGUCAAUGAAAAAGGAGAAAUGGUUGAAAAACCGUUUGAAGAAAAUAUAGAAAAUAUAAUAAAUACUUGUCAAGAAGAAACAGAAAAAAUAAAAGAAAAGGCAAAAGAAAGUUACUAUAAUGGACAAAUUCCCUAUGCACAAUGUAAAAAUAGUUCAAGACCAAUUGAAAUGAUCGAUGGUGAUUUUAGUUAUCUAAAUAGUAGUAAUAGUGGAAGUAAUAACUAUUGCAGUAUUAGUAGUGGUAGUCAAAACUAUAGCAGUAGUUACAACUAUAGAAAUAAUCCAGACUAUAACAACUACUAUAAUUAUAACAGUAGCCCAAAUUAUAGUAAUAACAAUAUUCGAAUUAAUGAAAUAGAUGAAACUCCUCAUUGGUUUAAGGGAUUUUCUCAGACAGAGAUCCAAAAUAAUGAAGGUCGAAAUUUGAAACAAAAUAAAUUACAUACAAAGAAAAUGAAAAAUGAGGAGUUUGGAAAAAACACAAAUGUAGAAUAUUGGAAAGAAACAAUGAUACACCAAAAUGAAAACGAAAUAGCAGAAGAAAGAAAUAAUUUGAUAAUAGGGAAUGAGUUAAAUAAAUAUUUUCUUCAACCCAAGAAUAAUAAUAAUAGAUUUAUUAAUAAAACCGAUUUUAAGGAAAAAAGUGCAAAACUGAAUUUAAGAGAAAAUGUGGAAGACAAAUAUGAUAAUGAUAAUUUAUAUAAGCUAUUAGAAUUUUCUCAUGAUAAAUCAAAUAUUAUAAAUAAAAUAAAAAAAUUGAUAUCUAAUGAAUUGAAAAAUAAUGAAAAUAAUAAUUUUACAAAUAAAUCAAAACAGAAUCAACCUAAUAUUCAAAAUGUACACAAUAUUGUCAAUUGUAGUAACAAUAAUAUGAGUAAUGUGGGUAAAAAAAAUACACUUUUAAAUGAUUAUAUGCACAUAAAAAAUUUAAAUACAAUAUAUCCAAAUACAGCUAGCCAUACAUUGGUUAAUAACAUUUACAAUGACAAAAGCUCAAUUAGUAAUAGUAAAAUGAAUAGCUAUUUCAACAACAAUAAGCAUUAUAAUAUGAAUGAAAAUAAUUACAACUAUUUAAGUUCUGAUUUUAUAAAAUAUAAAAAAGAAAAUACUGGUGAAAAAAAUAUUUGGAAUAAUAGUUCGAAUUUUAACGGGUUUAUUUAUCCACCCACAACAACGACAAGCGAAUUGGCACCUGAGCAUAACAAUAGCGAUUUUUUUAGCAUUUCAAAAUCGGUCAAUUUAAGGAGUUUAAAUUAG